AUGGAGCAAGUGCCUGGCACUGCCAUAGAGCAGUAUUUCAAUCAGCUUAUACAAAUGGGUUUAGUAUCGCAGUUGGUUCUUUCAGACCGCCAGGGGAAUACCAUACUGUCGUGUUUCGGUCUCACCCCGGCAGCCCCUACAAAAACGGAAGGCAUCCCCAAAAGAGGUUCCUUAAAUAACAUGAUGAGCAGUGCAAUGCCAAAUCCGCCACCGACCUAUGGUGGAGCAAGGAAUAGAAAGGAUGUGCCGGUAGAAGCCUCCGAAGAGGACGUGACGAAUACGGCCGCCGAGGAGGAUAUGCCAAUGGAGAGUAACGUUGUGCUAAGCGGCGCGCGCUGCUUUCAGAAUCUAGAACAGCUGCAGCUAGGGGUACCUUUAUAUGUCAGCGCACAGUACCACGAUGCGGUUGUCGUGCAGGCGUUAGAUAAGAGUUGCUUUUUAACACUGAUAGGGUAUCGCUCCCAAGGUCAUUGCGUUGGUGGCCUUUUGGUAUUAAUUCCGCAAAUUCAGAAAAGCACAGUUUACCACGAAAUUAUUGCGAAGGUGGAAAAGUGCUUUCAAUAAGACGAAAUGUCGGGUUUUCUUUUUUGUUGGACGAAGAAUGCUGCUAGUCUUUUGAUUAAAGUGUGUGAAAAGAGGACGCAACAAGAGCUUUGCUUACCUUGAUGGGUUCACAUGGUCUCAAUUAAUUGAUUCGUUUGGAGUUUGUGUUCUCUCUUUGCGCUCGUU